AUGCCUUUGCGCUCUCGCCAAGGUCCUCCCGAGGUAGUGGAAGACUCGGGACUUCGCAGUUUAUCUUUCAACCAGCCACUAUCAUGGCGCGUGGGGCGCUCGGCCAUCCCCAUCGCAGAUCUCCUCGAGCGUCUGCGGUCCCUCGCGCAGGAGCUUCGCAAACUCGAUCAGGAGGAAAUUGAUAAGGAAUCGCUCCGGAAAGUGUCUCAGGAGCUGGCCAGCGGGAAUCUACUCGCCCACAAGGACAAGGGAGUCAGAGCGUGGGCCACGUGCUGUAUCGUCGAUGUUCUGCGACUGUGCGCCCCCGACGCGCCGUUCACGCGUAAUCAACUGAAGGAUAUCUUUACUUGUAUCGUGUCCUCCAUCAUCCCCGCGCUGGCAGAUCCGUCCAACGCCUACAAUGCUCAACAUAUCUACGUCCUGGGAUCUCUCGCUGAGGUGAAGAGUGUUGUUCUGAUGGUCGACCUCGACCAUCCCGAUUCUCUCAUUGUCCCGUUGUUCGCAGGCUGUUUCGAUAUUGUCUCCGGCUCAUCAAAAGCCUCCACCGGCGAGGAGGUUGCCAAGAAUGUCGAGUUCGAUAUGACCCGAGUGCUCGUGACGGUAAUUGACGAAUCGCUCGUUCUCGCCCCCGAAGUUGUGGAUAUCAUUGUCGCUCAAUUCCUGCGCGUAGACCCACGGGUCCUGGACAAGAAAGGAAAGCGCCCAGAUGCGCCAGUGGAUGCUAAGCAGGAUACGCUUUUGCUGAAGGACUAUCCCGCCGCUUACAACAUGGCCAAGGCAAUCUGCCAGGCUUGUCCCGAACGAAUGACUAGUCAUAUCAGUCAAUACUUCAACAAUGUGAUCAUCGACGCGUCUGUCCUUGCCGGUCAGGCAAAUGGCUCCAAGCACGGUGCGCGCAAACCCAACCUCGACGACUCGGAUGAGGAGGGAGAAGACAUCAAAGAAUUGAGCAAGGCGCAUCGUCUGAUCAGAGAGUUGUGGCGUGCUUGUCCUGAAGUGCUACAGAAUGUGAUCCCCCAAAUCGAAGCGGAACUGUCUGCGGAGUCAGUGGCCCUUCGAUUGCUGGCUACACAGACCAUCGGAGAUCUUGCUGCCGGCAUUGGGGUUGCGGGACCCCCUCCCCCACCUCCCAUGGACCCGACAACCUAUCCGCCGGUAUCUCUGGUGGAUUAUGAUAAAACGAUCCCUCAGCCUAAUGUCCUAGUAACCCCCGUCUCUCCCAAACCUUUCUCCCAGGUCCACAACUCUGCCUACGAAGCCUUCCUGAGCCGUCGUCUUGACAAGACUCCAUCCGUGCGCGCUGCCUGGGUCACGGUUGUUGGGCGAAUUCUUCUGACGUCGGCCGGAGGAUCUGGUCUCCACGAAAGUGAGGAGCACAGCCUUGUUCGAAACCUUGCGUCGAUGCUUCGUGAUGUUGAUGAAAAGGUUCGUGUGGCUGCGGUUGACACCGUCGGCCAGUUCGGUUAUUCACAAAUUGUGAACAGACUCAGUGUUGACGGGGGCUGUUCAUCGGAGGACUCGGUUCUGGCAAUUCUCGCCGAGCGAGUGAAGGACCGCAAGCCACAUGUGCGGGAGCACGCCAUGAAGAUCUUGGCUCGCAUGUGGGCAGUGGCAGCCGGUGAUAUCGAGCAAAAUACCGAGCCGGUUGCGACACUCCUCAAGGACGCACCUUCCAAGAUCUUUGAUGCGUUCUACACCAAUGAUCAAGAGAUUCACGUUUUAAUUGAUAGAGUGAUGUUUGAAACGCUUUUGCCACUUGCAUACCCCCCUGUCAAAUCCAAGCUCUCUCGAGGAAACUCGAAUCAAUCACAGAAACAGAAGGAAAAGGACAGUCAGGCCACAGAACCGGAGCAAGAGACAGAUGUUGACAAGAUCCGUGUUCGUCGAAUUUUGACUUUACUCCGAGGCCUAGAUGAGAAGGCCAGGCGAGUCUUCUUUGUUCUGCUGGCUCGCCAAAUGUCUAUGAGAUCGGCCGCGACUAUCUAUCUCGAGGCUUGUGAGAAGUAUAACGGUGGGGUUAUCAACAAAGAUGGGGACGCUAUCAAGAACCAGCUGUCCAAGAUCGUUGAUUCAUUAUCCAAAACAUUCCCAGAUGCCUCACGGGCAUCAGCUGACUUGUGGAAGUUCGCCAAGGUCCACGACAGGCGCAGUUAUCAACUUCUUCGCUUUACCAUGGCUGCUGUGAGCGAUUAUCGCACUGUUGUGAAGGCCACAAAGGAGUUGCAGAGGCGGGUACAAUCCGCUAACAACUCCCCUAUUCUCGAGACCAUCACACCACUCAUUUACCGCUGUGGAUCUCUCGUUUUUAACCGCAGCCACAUUCCCGCCAUUAUGAGCCUUUCCCGGACAGAUGAGAACGGAUUAGCCAACUCCGCCCAGGAGAUGUUGAAGCAAAUCUCAUCGCAAAACCCUGAGGUCCUCGAGGCACAGGUCCAGGAGAUGUGCAAGGAUCUCGAGGCUCAGGCUCCCAAGGCCUCGUCCGCUGCUGGUGAAGGGAGUGCUGAGGAUAUCCUCAAGGCUUGUUCUGGCUUUGCGAAGAAGCUUCCUGCUAAAUUGCCUAAGGAACGAAAGUUCUUGCAGGCUCUUACGAAUCAUGCUUUGUACAGCUCAUCUCCACAUGCUGCCAAGCAUGCCGUCUCCAUUCUCAUGGCCACUGCUGACCGCAGGGGAAUGUACGCCAAGGACUUGGUGGAAAAGUGUGUGAAGAAGUGGACAUAUGGAUCUGACCACUUCCUUACACGGCUUGCUGCCUUGUCGCAGCUCAAUCUUCUAGCGCCAAAUGAGGCGGACGAAGAAAGUGAUGCUAUCAUUUCCAUCGCCGUCAACCAGAUCCUCCUUACCAAUCGCACACCCGAGCCGGAUUCCGAUUACACCUGGUCGGAGACAGCGGAUGACGAGACAAAUGCCAAAGAAUGGGCACUUAAAAUCAUUGUGAACCGCCUCCGGGCCAAAGAUGGAGCAGACAACGAAGAGGACUUCCGUGCUCUUGCCAAACCCGUCUAUGAAACUUUGAACAAGCUGGUCGUGGGCGAAGGCGAGAUGUCCAAGACGAAAGAUACCCCUGCUGGUCAGAAAUCGCGUCUUCGCUUGCUUGCUGCCAAGUCGCUACUCAAGCUGUGUGCUGGAAACACCGUCUGUGACAGUCUCUUGACGCCCGCUGAUUUCAACGCGAUCGCUCUUGUUGCCCAAGACCCACUAUUGCAGGUGCGCAGUGGAUUUAUCAGCCAUCUCAAGAAGAAGCUUGUGCAGAAGUCACACCUCAGCCACCGGUGGUACAUCGUCCCAUGUUUGCUGGCUUUCGAGCCCGUUCACAGCUUGAAGGAAAGCACCUUGACAUGGCUGCGAUCACGAGCAGCGUACUUCGCGCAGCAGGCACAGGCUAGUGGGAAGCGUACCGAACAGACCAUGGUCAUGGAAUUAAUAUUCUCGCGUCUAUUGUCUCUUCUUGCCUACCACCCCGAUUAUCCAUCCGAGGACCUGGACGAGUCCACGAAACUGGGCGAUUUGACGGACUUUUCGCAAUACAUCCUCUUCUAUCUCUCGGCAGUUGCCAACGAGCACAACAUGUCACUGGUCUUCCACGUUGGGCAACGUGUCAAACAGUUCCGUGACGGAAUCACCCAGUCCGACGAGAUUUCCACUCGUCUUCACACAUUGUCAGACCUGGCACAAGCGACAGUCCGCCGCUUUGCAGACAUCUACUCCCAGCAACACAAGUUCGGUGGGGGUGCUGCUGGCGCCACCAACAUUCUGCAAACCUAUCCAGGGAAGAUGGGAGUCCCAAGCUCCCUUUUCAGCCCCAUGAGCAGCCACCGCGAAGCCCAGGAUGUUGCUGACAAGAACUUCCUCCCUGAGGAAAUGGAUGAUCUUCUGGACCGAGUUGUGCGAAAUGCCAUGAAGCCCAAAAACACUUCCGCGCACAGUUCGCAAGGUGGCACUACGAAAAAGCGCAAGCCGUCUCUUGAUGCCAAUGGCAAGCCCUCUGCGACGAAGAAGGCCCGCAAGGAGAAGCCUGCUCGUACACCACGCAAGUCCACCUCAUCGGUCGGUGCGAAGCCCAAGCGGAAGUCCAAGAAUGACGACGGCUGGUCCUCUGACGAAGCUCCUCAAGAUGCCACACCGGCUUCUGCUCGCAGGCGCAGCAUGAGAGGUACCGCGAUGGCAGAAGUCAGCUAUAUCGAUAACGACAGCGACGAUGCCGACGAGGAGAUGGUGGAGUGGGACAAGGGCGAGGUUUCCGGUCAUGCGGAGGGCGAAGAGGCCGAGGACGAAGACGAAGACGAAGACGAAGACGAUGCCGAGAGUGAGAACGAGAUGCAGGACGACGAUAAGGAGAACGGUGGUGAGCCUGAGGUCAGCGAGGCCAGUGAAAAGGAACUUACUCCACCUCCCAAGGCGCGUGGGAAGGUGCAGAGCGCGAAGAAGGAUGCGAAGAAGUCCGACUCGAAACAAACUACUCUUCCCUCCCGGCGGAGUUCGCGCCGUGGCUGA